UUACAUGUCUCAGACUUCAAUUAAGCUUUACUCUGAAAUGGGCUUUCUCAAGCUUCCAUUGCUGGUUUUACUUUUCUCGGUUUUUUCUCUUUUGAGUUUCAUAGCACUCUGUGAUGACUCAGAGCUCACUGUGAAGUUCUUGAAGACUCCCCAUGCAUUCUCAAAUCUCAACUCAACCGUAUUCAUCUUUGAAGUUCCUUUGGGUGGGAGUAGCGCUUGCACCAACUGUAACAUCAUUUGCAAGUUGGAUGAUGGCUUUGGCCGCAUUAAUGCUUCUCAAUGUGAAAAUGGGACGGUUUUGUGUGAAGGCUUGCAGGAUGGAAAUCAUAAAUUUGAGGUUUGCCCCAACGGGACUCAAGGAGUUGGCUGCAGUAGCUAUAACUGGACUGUUGAUACUGUCCCGCCAACGGCAUAUAUCUCAGCCUCAACACCUUUCACAAAUGCUUUGAAUGCCCUUAUAAAUAUAUCUUUCAGUGAACCCUGUACUGGUGGAGGUUUUGUAUGUUCGUCUGUGAAAUGCAAUCUUUUGGUCAAUGCUGCUGGCCAAGUUAUACCAAACUCGCUCAAAACUCUACAGCCAAACCUCCAAUAUUCUAUCCUUGUGGGUUUAUCAUCCACUGCUCAGUCUGGGCGAGUGAUUUUGGUAAUGGAUAAGAAUUUUUGUACUGACAGUGCAGGGAACAAAUUUGAAAGAAACAAGAAUUCUAAUUUCACUCUGCAUUUCGAUAGACGAAGUAUCAACUUUACUACUCACGUUCCCGAAAGGCAACUUCAACUUCAUGGUGAAACUAGACUGAUACGAGCAACUAAUAACUGCACUAAACUAAAGAUCUGUUUAACCUUUCCAGAGCCUAUUCUCAACACAUCUGAAGAAAUUAAAAAUUCUCUCAAAGCAGAAAUUUUAUAUUCUCUCCAAAUGAGUCAGGGCUCACUUCUUCCUCUGGUUGACACUAAAAAAUAUGAAGGGCCUAGCAGAUUUGAAUUUAAGGUUGCUGCAUGUAUAUCUGACACGGCUGUAGUCACAGUAAGCGUUGAUUCAAACUCUAUAAUAAGCAGACACAGGACUCCAGUUUCCCCAGUUGAACCAGUUACUUUCCUAUAUGAUUCUCUGAGGCCUAAUGUAACGUUGAUUACACUACCUUCCGAAUCUCCGAGGCCUUCUGUAAUGCUGAGUACACCAUCCCAUAUUUGGACAAGAGAACACAACAUCACUAUGUUGAUCAAAUUCGGGAAGCCUGUAUUUGGCUUCAACUCUUCUAAAAUAUCAAUCACAGGAGGGCAUUUACAGAGGCAAGUCAUUUCUGGUUAUCUUCGUGUUUGUAUCUAUGCAUUGAUAAAAGCAGACCAAGAUAUUGUAUCUGUCAAUGUUCCCGAAAACGUAACUGGGGAUGUUACUGGAAACAAAAAUCUGCCUUCCAAUGUUCUACAAGUAAGGCACUAUUCUGUGCCGAAAAUAACUCGUGUGAUUCUUGGGCUUGUAACUACAUCAAUUGUGGUGACAUUUAUUCCUGCUGGGCUCAUUACGGUUUCAAUAGCAAGCAUUGACUCCAUUGGGGAAUUUUCGAGUCCAUUUUCUUCUUUAUCUCGUCCUGAGAGUAAUCUUUUUAGAAUUGUAUGCCAUCUUCAGGUCUUUGCACUAUCUAGAUGGUUGGCAGUGAGACUGCCAGUGGAGUAUUAUGAAUUUGCAAGGGGUUUACAAUGGAGCAUUCCCUACUUUAGUCUUCCGUGGGAAUCUGGGCACAUUCCCUACACUGUCAAGACAAACUCGAGUCUCCCUGACAACACACAUUCCUACAUGUCUAAAAUUCCUUAUUCAGGAAUCUUUACGGGUGAGCAGAUGAAACCAAAGAGUUUUAAUAGGGCCGGGUUACCGCUGGCUGCAAUGGCAUAUGAUUUAUUCAUUGAGAGACUAGACGCUGAAUAUGCUUUUAAUCCACAUAUUCUAAAUGGGUGGAGGGAUUUUUAUAGAAGCACGUUCUGGUUAGCUAUAAUUGGUGGCAGUUUCAUACAGCUGCAUGCUUUACUCCUUGUCCUCCUAAAAUUGAGGAAGCGAAAUUCUGAAAUGCAGAGGGGUUAUGGAGUACUCACAUUCCCAAGAUUUGAAAUAUUCCUUGUAAAUCUUGGGCUACCUUGUAUUUGUGAGGCCUCUGCCUCUCUAAUUAGAGGAGGAACGGCAUUGGGGAUUGUUGUUGGCGGUCUGCUUCUGGGUGCUGUGUCUUUUCUACUCCUGGCCUUCCUCUUGUUCCUCUCUAGAGGUAUUACAUUUGAAAAGCUACUUCAAUACAAGGAAGUUCAUCAAGAGAGCCGGGGUUUUCACUGGUAUCAAGAAAUAGUCCGAGUAUUUUUGGUUUCCGGUAGGAGAGGCCAGUGGACAUGGAAAAACCAGCAGAAUUCUAAUUACUUAACCAUCUUAGGGCCUCUAUUUGAAGAUUUUAGAGGCCCUCAAAUAUCCAAUCUCUCACAAAUUUCUGGGGGCAGAUCCCAUACACAAGGUGCAGAUCACGAAACUGAAGAUGAAGCACCUUUUAUCCAAAAGCUGUGUGGAAAACUCAGAAUAUACUACACAUUGCUUGAGUCCGUGAGACGUGUUUUGCUAGGGGUUAUGGCUGGUGCCUCUAUGGAGAACUCGUCUCCUCAGAUUCCCUCCAUAAUCUUCUUAUGCAUCACUUGUUUUCAGCUCUUCUUCCUUGUUCUCGAGAAGCCAUUUAUUAAGAAAAACAUUCAGCGGAUUGAGUUCAUGUCAAUUUUCAGUGAAGCAUGUAUAUCUGUUAUUUGUUUUGUUCUCUCAGAGACAAAAGAAUUGAAAGCCAAGAAAGCGACUAUAGUUGGAUGGCUCAUGAUUGCAGUUUUCCUAGUGGGAUUUUUACCACGGAUAAUAUAUGAAUUGUGUGCUUUGUAUAAACAGAUAAAGCUGCUGGACACUGCUGAGAACCGUUUCCUAACCGGUUUGAAUAUAGUUUCAUUUGGAUUAGCUCUGCUUUUCAUCUCAGAGGAGUUUUUAUUAAGCAGAUGGUUCCCCCAUUUAAAGGAUAAUAUUGCAGACUCCAACUCUCAACCAACCUCUGCUGCAGAAAAAGAUACCGCUACCCCACGUUUAACUGACAAUAUUGUAGACUCCAACUCUCAACCAACCUCUGUUGUAGAAAAAGAUACGGCUACCUCUACCUCUGAUCAAAUCAAAUCCCUACGUCAGGAUUGAACUCAAAUUCAUAUCGUGGAUAAAGAUAACUUCAGAUUAUGUAAAUCUCUUGUUAUACUGGGCUUUUAUCAACUGAUUGUAUAGAAAGAGCUCUCAAGAUAGUUUAGAGAGAGCAAAUAGUUUUCUGCAAAAUAAUCUGAACCAUACAUAAGUUAAUGGGGAUGAAGAGACUAGUCCUUCAGCUGAAAGUAACAUAGGAACUCUGGGAGUAGGAACAAUAACAAGAACUCUUGAAGUAGGAACUCGGGAACAAUGGUUCCAGAAAAAUCAUGGUUACACCAACACCACUCUUUGAUUUAUUAGGUGUUAUCUUUAGUUGCUUGGUUGUUAUUUGUUAGGAGGAUAGACUUGUACCCUUUUAUCCUUGGCAUUGUUUUAGCUUAUCAUUUAUUUUAGUUCAACUCAACUUUAUCUCAUUGUUGAGUUAGGUUUUCAAGCAUGUAAAGCAUCUGUAAAAACCUAUGAACAAUAAUAA